AUCUCUAGAAUUCUCCGAAGCUGUUUUUGAAGGAAUAAGUCAGGAAAAGGGGACAAAGACGCCGAACAAUGGGCGAGGAUCAAUCAGGUCUCUGGAACAUCGCGAGGGGCGCUGGGGGCAAGAGGAGAUCGGGGGUGGCUCUCUUCAAGAGCGUCUCUAUUAUUUUCUCAAAGGGCUCCAAGCUGAGCAGGGAGCGAGAGAUCGUGCCAAGCCGUGAUAUGAAAGCUGAGACGAAAAAGGAGAAGGAACCACCGAUCAAAAAGGUCACACAUUUCUCGAGACCUGAAACAGAAGCGUUAAGCCUUAUAUACGAAAAACUAGUUGGCGUAUCCCACGGUAUGCCAACGCAAAACAACCACCAUUUAGCCGUGUCCACAGCACCUUUGAUAAACUCUAAGGGUAAGGAAGGACUUGAAAGGACUGUGUUCCGAGAUCUGCUCCACAACACGUUCAACGUCUCCGCGGAGGACAUCCUCAUGGAAAGGAUCUUCUGCGCUUUCGACACCUCCUGCGACGGUAUCAUCAAAUGUGACGAAUGGGUCCAGGGGAUGUCAGCGUUUCUUAGGGGCACCCUUGAAGAGAAAACUGCUUUCGCCUUUGCCGUCUACGACCUCAACAAUGACGGCUACAUCGUCAGGGAAGAAAUGUUCAGCUUGCUCAAGAACAGCCUCGUGAAGCAGCCGCAGGAAGAGGACCCAGAAGAAGGAGUCAAAGAGCUGGUGGAGCUCGUGUUGAAAAAGCUCGACAGGGACAAGGAUGGUAAAGUGUCCUUCGAGGAUUUUCGCGGUGCAGUCGAAGAAGAACCCCUUUUCUUGGAAGCCUUCGGUCAGUGCCUUCCUUCAGACACGGCGACCGCUGCUUUCCUGGCAACUUUGUCGUAAUCAAAAUAAUAUCAGUUAUAACACUUAAAAAAGAAAAAAUUUGUUUCAUACGAUAAAACUUUUAAAAAUUUUCUUACUAAACGUAUAAAAUAUUUAUAAUUCAAAGUUAAAUAAGCUAGUAAAUAUCAUUCUGGAAUUAAUUUUAAACAACGUGUUUCUAUUUUUUAUGUACGGAAAUUAUUACGUUAAAACUAUGAAAAACUUAAAAAAACAAAAAAACACAUAACACGUGUAGAAAUAUAUAAAUAAAAAACUGUCGUUUGUAAGUUUUAAACAAAGAAAAUUGACAAACUUGUAUAUAGACAAA